GCCCGACUCAUUCUUUGCGACGAGCAAAAAACGAAAACGCUCCACGAACAAGUCGAGCACUCAUCUAUCUAGUGCGAAACCAAGCAAAUACGCACGCGUCGCAAAUGGCGCGGACAGAGCCAAGAAAUCGGUUUUCAAACAGCGGAAGAACUCUCUGGACGAGGAAUUAGACUCGGACCGUACGGACGAGGACAAUGCUGGAAUAGAUGGCGUCGAAGACAUGGAUUUGCGUGCCUCCGACACCGAUCCGGGGGCCAGUGGGGCGGAGGACGAGGACGAGACUCCUGCACAGAAGCGGCUGAGGUUAGCCAAACUGUAUCUGGAAUCGGUCAAGGACGACCUCGCGGAGGGGGACUUCGAUGCGGCGGAUAUUGACAAGGAGAUCAUAUCUGCUCGGUUGAAGCAGGAUGUAAUGGAGCAUGCAGGGAAAGUACACCUGUUCAUAGCGGAUUCGCUUGAGCUCGGUGAGCCGUCCAGCCGGCCUUUUGUACGGUUACGUGGCCAUCGGUUCUCCGUCACAUCCGCUGUUGCCUCUGAGGCAUGCACGUACCUAUUCACCGCCGGCAAGGAGGGCUCGAUUAUCAAGUGGGACAUCCGCACAGGCAAGAAGCUUGCUAUCUACCAUAAACAGAGGCCAAGUGUGAAAGGAAAAGAGCGCGCGUGGAAUGAGGAUGUAAAGGGACAUAUGGAUGAAGUGCUCAGCCUUGCUCUCAGCAGCGAUGGCGUCUAUCUGGCCAGUGCUGGAAAAGAUAGAAGAGUCGGUGUGUGGGAUGUCGCCAAGAGCGAGUGGGUAACGAGCUUCGGUGGGCACAAAGACACAAUAUCGGCUGUCGCGUUUCGCAAAGGCUCGCGGCAGCUAUACACUGCGUCUCAUGACCGAACUGUCAAGCUAUUCGACUUGAGUCCGGGGGUUAUGGGAUAUGUGGAGACGCUUUUCGGCCACCAGGAUCCUAUACUGGGCUUGGACGCCCUACGCGCAGAGACAUGUGUCACAGUUGGAGGGCGCGAUCGCACAGCUCGGUUCUGGAAAAUUGUGGAUGAAAGCCAGUUGGUCUUCCGCGGAGGCGGACGAAGCAAGCUUCGAGAGCUAUUGGAAGGCGGGGCUCUCGAAGGUAUGGAUCAGGAUGAAACUUCGGAUAACGGACGACGGAAAAACGACAACAAGGUCACGGAGACCAGAUACGUCGAGGGUAGCUUGGACUGCAUCGCUAUGAUUGACGAAACCACAUUCCUCACUGGAGGAGACAGCGGGUCCAUAUGUUUGUGGGCGAUACAGAAGAAGAAGCCCAUUUUCACCCAGCCUCUCGCACACGGACUCCACGAAAUGCAAUCCGAAACCGAGGGUUUAAUCCGUUCUCCGCGGUAUAUCACUGCGCUUGCAUGUCUCCGUUAUUCAGACUUAUUCGCCUCUGGGUCUUGGGAAGGCAGCAUACGUCUCUGGAAGCUCGAUCGUUCAUCUAAAUUCCGCUCCUUUUCGCUCGUUGCGCAAGUACCAGCUCCGGGAUUUGUCAACUCCAUACAAUUAUUGUCAAUCCCCAAAGGCGCUCUGGAUGAAGCUAGUUGGACGCGCAAAGCCGAGUUAGACAAGAACGAAGCUUCCACUCCAGUUGCUCUACUGGUGGCUGGGAUGGGGCAGGAGCCGCGUCUGGGUCGAUGGAUGCAGCUUAAGGGCGAGGGAAUCACCAAUAGCACCAUCGUUAUGGUUUUGCACUCCCGGUCUCAUGUAGCAUAACGCCUACCUUGUCCCGUCAAGGCCGUUCCGCAUGUACACACGAUCGCACAUGUCUUGAGUUACGACCAGACGCUCACGAACAAC